GCGGCUCAUCCCCCCGCCCGGCCGAGUCCCCGCCCGCCUCGCCCCCAGCGCAGCGCAGCGCUCUCUGCGUGCAGCAGCCCCGCACCGCAGGCAGCCGCCGCCGCCCCGGGACCCGGCGCCAUGGCUUCUGGAGUUACCGUGAAUGAUGAAGUCAUAAAGGUUUUUAAUGACAUGAAAGUAAGGAAAUCUUCAACCCCAGAAGAGAUUAAAAAAAGAAAGAAAGCUGUUCUCUUCUGCUUAAGUGAUGACAAAAAACAAAUAAUUGUAGAGGAGUCGAAGCAGAUAUUGGUUGGUGACAUUGGUGAUACUGUGGAGGACCCCUAUACAGCCUUUGUGAAGUUGCUACCUUUGAAUGAUUGCCGAUACGCUUUGUAUGAUGCCACAUACGAGACAAAGGAAUCUAAGAAAGAAGACCUGGUAUUUAUAUUCUGGGCUCCUGAAAGUGCACCUUUAAAAAGCAAGAUGAUCUACGCAAGCUCUAAAGAUGCCAUUAAAAAGAAAUUUACAGGUAUUAAACAUGAGUGGCAAGUAAAUGGUUUGGAUGAUAUUAAGGACCGUUCAACACUUGGCGAGAAAUUGGGAGGCAACGUGGUAGUUUCACUUGAAGGAAAACCCUUAUAAAAAGACAGACAAGUGCCAUCUGGAUCUAAGGAGCUUCCAUUUCUGCAGCUCGUUCAAUUGGAAUAGUAUUAGUCUCCCCAUCCCCUCCCCUCCUCAAAGAAUAAGUCCCGUCCCCACCGCCCUGAAGGAGAUGUCAUUGUUAGGCAGUCUACCAGCGAUUGCCAUUAGACUGUUUAAUCCUGGUAGUUUUAUGUAGGAUUCAAGGAAUGCUUUCACGUCAUACUCUUGGCCAAAACUGACGUUGCAGGCAUUCCUUGCAACAUGUUCAAUGAAUGUGAUAGUUAAUGUAAAUAGUCUAGCAGACAGCAAAGGGUAAGCUAAUUGAAUGCCUUGAAAGUAUUGUCCACUGGUCGGAUGGUAGACUCUCUACAGUAUUACUUACAGUUGCACUUGAUUGCAGUUCCAUGAGGCUCUUGUGCAUUCAUACACCUCACCUGCCUUGACAAGCCUAUUUUUGUGACAUGGCAGCACACAACACUAUGCAUUUAAAGCACUUUUUUGUAAUAUGUUUGACCCGCCCCCCCCCCAAGGAAUGCCAAUUAAGUUGCUGUAACUGUGUCAUCAAAUUAUUGUAGUACCUCAGUUUCAUUCCUGUUACAUGCAUAUCUUUAUAAAUGAAGUAGCUGUUACGAUGCCUUUCGUUUUCCAUUGAAUGUACACUACUGAACAGGAGUAGAAGUUAUCUGUUUACCAUGAGUCUUGAAACACUAAAAGUUUUGUAAAACAUCAGUCAUGGUGGCAAUUUCUGUAUUAAAAAGAGCCUUAAAUGGAACAUUGUUUUCUGAGAUCAAAAACUGGCCACGUUGCAAUAAAACUUGUGGCUUAUUACAGAACGUUGCCUUGUUUUCAUUGGAAAAUAUAGUUUUUAAGUGUUUAAGCAUAUUUCGAACAACUUCUGUGGAAAGUAUUGUAAAGGUAAACAAUCAUUAAUCUCAUCUUGAAUAAUGCAAGUUUUUAAUACCGAUUUAGGCACUGCUUUACAAUACUUUGCGGCUCUGUUCUGGCUGUUCAAUAAAGGACCUGCUCCUAGUUUACCGUAAAUUAAAGAAGCUACCACUACUGAAGACCAUAAGUUCCAUGAAACACUUGUGUCAGAAACUUAAAAAUACGAAGUAAUUAACCAUGCAGCGUGUUUUGUACCUGAAUGUUCUUAAAGUUCUACAUGCCAGAGUAAAACCUUGCACGAGUAUUUACAGCUCGCCGUCUUUCUCGGUAAGAUGAUGUGUAAUGACAGUCACAUGCAGAAUACGGAGCGGGGAAAUAAUUUUUGUUUCUUGAGUGUUGCAGUUAGACUGACUCAGUACAAGAAUUAGCCUAAAUGAACUGUUCUACUUGUUAGCUCCUAUGUAAAUAGAACUGGAAAGUGUUUGCCACUACUGAGGCUUGCACAGGGGACGUGUUUUGGCUGGGAGCCAAAUAAUGCUCUCCUUAUAGAGAAUUUGAUCUGCUCUGUGUGAGCAAUCCUCCCUUAGCCAGAGCUAUUUAUGGCAAACACAUGCUUUUGUAUCUUGUCAUCGUUAUCCACAAAUGGCAAAACUGGACAUGAUUCUCCUGGUAUGCAUAAAGGAGCGCUGUUAGGCAGCCACUGGCAGCUGAACUGUACGUGCUGCUAGAAGGAAUGCUCUUUUAUCAUUACCUUAUUUUAAAAAGUUGGUAGAGUAGAACUGGGGGGCUUUUAAAUGCAGGCUCUUUAUGUUCAGUCCAUAGCCCUUUUUCAACAAGGGAGCAGAUAAUAAUCCAAAUACUUUCUCUCUUUUCCCCAGCCCUGCCCCCAAUAGUUUAAGUAAGCUAGUGGUACUCUGUUUAGGCUCUCUUGUCCUGUAGAACUUUAAGACUUUAUUUCAGGCUUCUGGCUAUCCCUAUGACUUGCACACCUCAUUGUGUUAGCUGUUCUAUGUAGACUAAACUUUACUAGAAUUUGAGUAAAAAGGCAUGAUGACCACUGACUUAUUAAGUGUAUUAAUGAGUCUUGGUUUUGUUCUACAAAACUCUCCUUUCAGGUACCUUUUAAGAUUGCAAAGUAACUGAUGGUAUGCAUGUUGUCUAGAUGAAAAAAAAAACCCCACAACUUUUUAUUCCUCAAAACAGUCUAUUUCUGAUCAUUCACGUUGUAUGCAAAGCCCAGUUUAAUGUAAAAAUCUUUGUGCUUUAUGUUCGAGUUCAGUACAGUAAAAUGAAAUUAUCUUUUAACUGAUUUUUCAUAAGGAAUAAAUUGUUUCUUUAGAAAAAGCCAAAAUGGAAAACGUUAAAUUUUAAUAAACUAUUUGAAUUUUCAUUUUAGACAGUAAACUUUUUUUAAGGAGUACUGUGUUUAAAUUUAUUGUUUCUCUCUGCUGCAGUCUGGAAAAAUGUCUCUGGCUUCUUAGUUGAAUAUUAUAGGUUCCUUUUUUUUUUUUUUAAACUAGCUUAAGUGUAUAUUCACUCAGUCCAACUAGCUAUGAAAUUGAAGCACAAACUGUCGUUAUGUAAGAUUCCUACCAAAUUAAAGUUUUGGAUCCAAAAGGAUCAGCCUGCCUUCAGUUUGUUCUUGAAAUGAAUGACUGACUGACUGAUGUGAGGUCCAAUUCAGAUGGCUUGCUUUAAAAAGAAAAACAAAAAAACAAACAAAAA